AUGGCCGCCACCGAUGGCCAAAUCAUAUUGGCCGCCUCCCGUUUCGGCGAUGCCACGCCCGUUUAUCUGCGCGACUUUUCCAAGCAACCGCUGCCGGCGGUGGCCAAGAUCCUCAAGGGCCAGCAUCAGGCCCUGGGGGUGCCCACACUCUCGGCUCCAUCCCUGCAGAGCACCGCCCUCUUCCUGAGCGCCGGCAAGAAGUACCAGAUCCUCGCUCAGCCCAUCAAGAUCAAGGAGGGUCGCAAGCCCACCAAUGUGGGCGCCAAGGUGCUCAUCCCGGAGACCUACGGCGGCUACUUCGAGCUCCUCAGCGAGGACGGACGCUCCACGAGAUGCAUCGACUCCGUACUGGAGCUCUCGAGGCGGAGGAAUGCCAGGGUUCUAGUGCGGGAAACCUUUCGAUGCCAGCAGAUGAACCGCACCAUCCACGCAGGAGAGCUGCUCACCACGAUGAACGACAACGGGAAGUACCUGCAGUGCCGCAACAUCAAGGACGAGAUCAUCAAUCUGCCACUCGAUACCAAAGCCAAGUUCUCUCCCAUCGCCAGGGAGGACAGCAUCAGCGGUGUGCACACCGUCAAGAAUCUGCUGCUCAAGCGGAUGCCAGUCAUCGUCAGACUCGUCCACGGCAGUGCGCCCAAGGGACUUAAGCAACCCUUUGUUCCCGAGUUGCGGCUGCUGGGCUGCGUGGAGAUCGACAGGAUCUUCGCACUGCCGCUGCAGAAGGACACGGACCUGGUGCCGGUGCCGCUGAACGCGAAGAUCAAGCUGCAGCGGGCCAAGAACAUGGAGCAGCUGGAGCACUUCAUCGAGUACUCGCGAUUCCUGGACAAGGCACAACGCCUGCUGGCCGAUGCACGCGAUCGCCUGCAGAUCGUCGAUCUCAAGCUGAGCGAGAAGGAGAAGAAGGACUCCAAGUUCAAUAGUCGGAACGGGGGCAGGUUACCAGUGGUGAUGCUGCCAUCGGCAGCAGGAAUGGCCAGUGGACUGGCGGAGAGUGGCUAUGUGCUGCGCAAGAGUGCCAGCUGUGAUUCGUGGUCGAAGCAGCAGCAACAGGCGCUGAACAGCACCGAGAUUGCCGAGGAGUACAACGAGAUCGAUCACAUAUACGACUAUGUGAGGGGAUUGACGCCGCUCUCGAAGGGAUUGGCCCGGUUCGAGCCCAUCUGCGAGUCACCCACUCUGCGAUCCCAUCACACGGACAGCGGAAGUGGCAACUACUGCAGCUUGAUCAGGGCUCCGGUUCACCAGCAGGCCUCCACCUCCGCGAACAACAACUACAGCAGCUUGGAGUCGAAUAAGCACAGCAGCAGCGGCGGUGGUGGUGGUGGUGGCCAUCAUCCCGGUCACCAGCAGCACCAUCACCACCACCAUCAUCUGGUUAACCACUACCAUCAUGGCCAUAUUCAGGAGGACAUCAAGCCGGUGCCGCCGCCGAUCGAAACGAUUCCCGGCAAGAAGCCGGCCGAGAAGCGCCAGCGUCCCACUCUACCAAAGCUUUACAUCAAGAAUGCCCACAGUGCUGGGAGCAGCAGCAAUGGCAACUCCACGGGCACCAGUCACAGUCACAGUCACAGCCAUAGUCACAGCCACGCCCACAGUCACAGUCACACGCAGUCGCAGUCACAGUCGCAGCAGCCGCCUCCUCCGCCGACUCCCAAUGGAAAUACGGCCAGUGUGGUUGCAAAUGCGGCGGCUGCUGCGGUGGCAGCUGCCCAUCACUCCAACGGAACCCACGGAUCACACGGAUCGCACGGAUCACAUCCGCAUCCGCACACCCAUCCGCAUGCGAACGUGCAUCCACAUCCGCAUCCGCAUCACGGCAAGGUGCUCACGCCCAACAAUCAUCUGCCGAGCAAGGAGGCCUUGGAGCCACAGUCGCCGCUAUUCCACAUCAGGUACAAGAGUCUGAGCAGCCUGCAACUGACGCCGGACAACAACAACUGCUCCUCGGUGACGCCGCCGACGAUCUCAGCCCACGGCAAGUCAUCCGCAGGUGGCGGUGGAUCGGGAUCGGGAGCAACGGCAUCGGGAACUCCGGUCACGCCGGGCACUCCGCCGGACGUGGUGCUCAAGUGCGGCAGCAUCCUGAACGUCCACGGCUACCUGUCCAGUCCGCAUCCCCUGCCAUUGCCACUUCCCCACAGUCGGAGCUCCAGCAGCAAUAAUCACCACAAUCCGAGGGAGGGCACACUGGACUCAUCCCGCAGCGGUGGCCGGACAUCGGGGGAUUCCAACAAGCUGCCCGAGAAGAAGACCCGACGCCUGUCCCGGCCAAGAAGUCUUUCGAACUUGGUCUGGGACCUGCGACCCUCGAAGGAGAAGUCGAAGAAGAAGCUCUACAUCCAUCACUUCGAUCAGCGGCAGCAGGCGACGCUGUAUCUGUAGGAUACUCGGCUGGCUGGCUGGCUUGGAUGGUCUGGAUGUAGAGUAUCUCCAGGAUGACGACGACGAUGAGGAAGUAGCAGCACGAUGAUGAUGAUGAUGAUGAUUCGUUGCCAACUCGUUUCUAGCUGCCAUCGACCCCCACAAUACAGAAAAAGACAAAAACAAACAACAAAACAAAAACAAACCACGUAAAGUAAAACACAAUAAAAGAAGAGCAACUACAACUUUUGGCACGCUGUGUGUGUUCCUGCAGCUUUCACCAUUUAGCCUGCAGCAGCAAUUUUAAUUAACAUUGAAUUGUGCCUUUCCCUGCUACGCCCAGAAAUAUGCUUUAAAACCCAAUGAUUCCAAUGAAGUAUUUGAUGAGAAUAUUUCGACCGGAUGGAUCCCUCGAUAAUGAAAGGCUGCCAGCACACACAGACACACACUCGACGAACCCCCUCCCCACAUAUACACAUACACAAACAUACACACACAUACAUACAUCAAGUCUAUAAAAUUGUGAUUUUAAUUUUAUGUUUAAUUUAAUAAUUACUGCGAACCAUUUUCAAAUUGGACGAAAAGCCAUUUACUAUUCAGAAAAGAAAUUCACAAAAUCGAACUUUAAAAUCCACAAAAAUUAGUUGUCUAUAAACGAGAUACUUAUAUAUAUUUAAAGAGUACUGUAUUUAAACAGGAUAGCAAAAAGGAAAAUGUAACUAAUAGUAAGUCAAUAUUAUCGAACAACCAUAUAUCAAUCAUUUAGAGAAUGUUAUGCAACACUUAAAGCUAGCUAAAAUGAAUUUAUAAAUUAAAGCAAUGAAUUUCCUCCUCAUAAUUUAAAUGUUGUGCAAACUGUUGAUUAAAUGCAAUUGAACCAUAAUCGAACAGCUCUUGUUUAGUAAUUAGUUUGCUCGGAGCCGGAUAAUUCCCCCCAAAGCCUCUCGAAACCCAUUUCCCCACGAUCUGCUCGCAAUCGCAUUGUCUUAGUCGUUUAGUUUGUACAUUUUAGUUGUAUUCUCCAGCUUACAUGGCCUAUAAAUAGGGAGUAUAUGUUUACAUAUAUAUGUAAAACUAUAAUAUAACUUGUAUUUGUGUCUAAAUAAAUGUCUCAGAAAAAUAAAUGUAUAUGCAAAAUAAUCGCGAA